UUUUUCAAUAUUUGCAGGUUAAACUGUUCCACGCUGCAAGUGAAGAAAUUUUCGAAAACAACGCAAAACUUGAUGGCCAAGAACAAAGGGGACGCUCUCGUGCACACGCGAGAAGUAGUCGAUGAGAUUAGGCAUUUGACGAAAAUGCUAAACUUUAAUAAGGGAAGCUGCACCCAGUACGGUGGGGAUCAUAUUUGGUGUAAUAUCAAUUGGGGGGAUAAUGCGCCAUAUUGGAAUCAGUACUAUAGGGUCGUCAGGGAUUACAAUUACCCGUUUGAGACAAAAUCGGAAGACUGUCGAAUUCUAGACCUUAUUUCUGAGGAAAUAAAUAGGUUAAUAGAUAAUCAGUGGGAAGAAGAUUUCACAGCCGAUGCUAACAAACUCGAGAUACCCAUUCAGCAUUUGAUGCAGGUUGUGCAGCAUAUCACAGAGGAUGUUGAGAAAGUCAAAUGUAUGGAGUUUAAUUUUGACAUUUGCGUUUGGGGUGUUAGGAUACAAAAGGCCGAUGGACUUUCGAUGACUGAGUGGUUAGAGUUACAGAGUGCGUCCUGCUUUAGUGUUCGUGAUAUUCUUGUUUCUAUGUCGCAGCAUACGUGUUUAAGACAUGUAAAUAUUGUAAUAUAUAACGCGGCCGAUGUAGAAGGUCGCAUGUGA